AUGGAGCGACUACAAAGGAAGCAAGCGGCCCUGCGACAAGCCAUCGACACUACCAUCGCAGCGGCCAGCACCUUACUUCAAGCGACAGAAGCAUCAACCGGUGAGCUUGAAGAACAUUUCGACAUCCUUCUUGAACAAGCUGAAGAGCUUAAAGCAGUCAACGACGCUAUAGAAAAGAAAGUGGACCUACAGGAGCUCGACACCGUAAUAACAGAGUGCGCUGCCUACAGCUUGAGAAUUUGCACCUUGAAAACAAGGAUAAAAAGGGCACUGAGAAAUGGAGCUGCGAGCGAAACGAGUUCAAGUACACCAUCAGAAACAGGAAAUAACUCUGACCACGUCGCACAGUCAGGUUCCGUCCAGCAUGCAGUUACGACGACUCUUCAGCUACCGUCGACAACGACAAGACUUCCGAAGCUAGAGAUCGCGAAAUUCGACGGUAACCUGCGCUCAUGGCACAGAUUCUGGAAUCAGUUCGAGUCUACCAUCCACAAGAAUCCAGUUCUACAUCCAAUUGACAAGUUUCAGUACUUGACGAGCUAUCUCACCGGCAAAGCAGCAGCCGCUAUCGACGGGCUACCACUCAGUGACCGAAAUUAUGAAAUUGCAGUGAAGACAUUGGUCGAAAGAUUCGGAAAGGACGACGUUAUCAUUGAAGAACAUAUGUCGAGAUUGCUCAACAUCCGACCUGUCCAUAACAUCCUCGACACCGAGAGGCUGCGGACCCUUUAUGAUGAGGUACAGACGUGGGUUCGAAGUCUCGAGGCAUUGGGUGUGGAGUCGAGCACUUAUGGAGUGCUUUUAUUGACAGUCCUACGGAAGAACAUCCCGAAUGAGCUUUGCCUCGGUUACUGCAGACAAAAGACAACAUCUGCAGUCGCGCCAGGAGACGAUCUUCAAAAUUUCCUCAGUUUCCUCAAGACCGAAGUAGAAAGUCGAGACAGGGCCGAAUGUGGAACCCGUCAACAGCUGAACAUCGACAGGCUGAGUCGCCCCAUCCGCAAGGAUAUUCCUGAAAAGAAGGCGUCCGCGUCGGUUUUAACUGCCGUCAUGAAAGCUGAAACACUGUGCAAAUUUUGCGAAGCGAGCAGCCACUUAACCGCCGACUGUGAUGUUGAUUUGACUGCGGAUCAGAAGAGGACAAUUGUGCAGCGGGAAAGACUCUGCUUUAGGUGCGCCAAGGCAGGUCAUCGAGCAUACGAAUGCCGCACCUCAAGAUGGCUUAAAUGUAAGAGAUGUUCCGGCCGGCACGUUGCAGCCCUGUGUAACCUGAAUCGACGACCAGCGACAGGAAAGUCGGAAGAGAAGACUGUACUCACUGAGACAAUCGCACAGUCUUCGCUGCAAGUCGAAGGCACCAAGAAGAGAACCCGUGUCCUUCUGCAGACGGCUCAAGCGUGGGUUCAGGGUAGGGAGAAGCGAGCGAUGGUCAGGCUGAUGAUUGACGGCGGAAGUCAGCGUACCUUUGUCAAGAAAGAGGUUUCACAGAAGAUGGGACUGCGUGUGAUGGGAGAGGAGACCCUGAAAAUAAUGACAUUUGGAAACGACAAGCCGUCUUCAGGAAUGAAGUGCCGCCGAGUGGAGUUAUGGCUGUGCAGUCGACACAACGAAAGAAAGAUCCGCGUUGAAGCGCUCGAGAUCCCACAAAUCUGCUGCGACAUCGUGCCAGCACCUGAAGCGUCCACCGUCAACUACCUCGAAGAGCAAGGCCUCGAACUCGCCGACAGUACGCUAGAUGGAGCAGAGAUAGGGCUGCUGCUGGGAUCCGAUUUCUACUGGGAGGUCACAACCGGUAGUGUCAGGCGCCUGGACAGCGGUCUCGUAGCCGUGGAGACCAUUUUUGGCUGGACCCUGCAGGGGACAACGCACACCACAGAAUCAACAGCAACGUACGUGUCCACUGUGGGAGUGUUGCGCGUGGCUGUCAUCGGCGAGGAAGAUCAAGACGACACUGCUGCUCAACUGAAAUCGUUUUGGCAGCUCGAGCACAUUGGCAUUGUCGACGAAGGAGAGGCGGACGUGGAAGACAACCAAGUAUUGCGGGAAUUUCGGGAGAACGUCUCCAGGAACAACUGCCGAUAUCAAGUUUCCCUCCCCUGGAAAGAGAAUGCUGCCGAUUUGGCAGACAACAAAGCCACGGCUUUCAGUAGACUCAGGUCGUUGACGACAAAAUUGAUGGGCAACAAUGACCUUAUGCGCGAUUAUGACCAGGCGGUUCGGAACUAUGUGCUUGCUGGACACGCAGAAGAGGUCAUCGGACUGGGUGAGUCCCCAAGAGGGCCCGUUUAUUACAUGCCUCACCGCGGCGUUGCCCGUCCAUGCAGUCAGACCACAAGAUUAAGGGUCGUCUUCGAUGCGUCAUCUAAAGCGCCGGGAAAACUGUCUCUAAAUGAUGUCCUGUUCGCCGGACCUAAUCUGAACCCAAAUCUGUCGGAUAUUUUAACUCGAUUUCGAGUACACAAUGUGGCGAUCAUGUCCGACAUCGAGAAGGCAUUCCUGCAGAUCGAGCUUAAAAAGGAUGACCGGGACGCCCUUCGUUUCCUCUGGUGCGAAAGUACUCCAAAACAGGGACGAGCGCUCCCUCCAAUCAGAGAGUACCGGAUGACGAGGGUCCCGUUCGGCGCAACAUCCAGUCCGUUCCUUCUCGCCGCGACACUAAAGCACCAUCUAGAGUACACAAAGGAUAGUUUUCCGGAGACAACAGGCAUGCUAAACAACGACGUGUAUGUGGAUGACUUGGUCACUGGUGCCGAUACUCUAGAGGACGCUAUGCGCAUAUGCAAAGAGGCGGAACAUAUUCUUCAGAUGGCAGGCAUGAAUUUGAGAAAAUGGAGGUCCAAUGACCCAAACCUUGCAGCAAAAUGGUCAGAAGAGUCAGAAGACGAACACGGAAUUUCAGCACAUAUCGUAACUAAGAUCCUUGGCGUUGAGUGA